AUGGCAAAUCAUAUGGCUGGUGCAGCAAUUAACGAAUUAGUCCGAGUAGGUCAUGAAGAAUUAGUUGGAGAAAUAAUUCGUUUGGAAAACGAUUUAGUAACAAUUCAAGUGUACGAAGGCAUAUCUGGUAUUACCAUUGGAGAUCCUGUUCUACGAACGGGCAAACCUUUAUCCGUCGAACUUGGUCCAGGCAUAAUGACAAGUAUUUUCGAUGGUAUUCAACGACCUCUUGCAAUGAUUUAUGAUUAUACAAAAAGUAUCUAUAUUCCACGUGCUAUCAAUGGUCCUUCUUUAAAUCGUUCGACAUUAUGGCAUUUUACUCCUGAAAAUCGCAUUCAAAUUGGUAGUCAUAUUACUGGUGGAGAUAUAUUUGGUACAGUACCAGAAGAUCAAAUGAUUCAACAUCGAUUAAUGCUUCAUCCAAAAGUAAAAGGAACUGUGACUUAUAUUGCAUUGGAAGGCAAUUAUGCCCUUGAAGAUGUUAUUCUUGAAACUGAAUUCAAUGGAGAAAAACGUGAACAUACAAUGCUUCAAAUUUGGCCAAUUCGACAAAUGCGACCAGUGACUGAAAAACUUGUUCCUAAUCAUCCAUUAUUAAUGGGACAACGUGUUUUAGAUUCAUUAUUUCCAUGUGUUCAAGGUGGUACAAUAGCUAUUCCAGGUGCUUUUGGUUGUGGAAAAGGAGCUAUCACUCAAUCAUUAUCAAAAUAUUCUAAUAGUGAUGUUAUGGUUUAUGUUGGAUGUGGAGAACGUGGAAAUGAAAUGGCUGAAGUGUUACAAGAUUUUCCACAAUUAACAAUGGAAGUAGAAGGAAAAGAAGUAUCGAUUAUGGAACGAACAACAUUAGUAGCCAAUACAACCAAUAUGCCAGUUGCUGCACGUAUAACAUUGUCGGAAUAUUUUCGUGAUAUGGGUUAUAAUGUUACACUGAUGGCUGAUUCGACCUCACGUUGGGCUGAAGCUUUACGUGAAAUUUCUAUUGGUUUAGCUGAAAUGCCUGCUGAUUUAGGUUAUCCAACUUAUCUUGGCGCACGUUUAGCUUCAUUUUAUGACCGUGCUGGUCGUGUUCGGUGUUUAGGUAAUCCAGAACGUGACGGUUCUGUGAGCAUUGUUGGAACAGUAUCUCCCCCUGGUGGUGAUUUCACUGAUCCACUAACAGCAAUAACACUAAGUACUGUUCAAGUAUUUUGGGCUUUAGAUAAGAAAUUAGCACAACGUAAACAUUUCCCAUCGGUGAAUUGGUUUAUUUCAUAUAGUAAAUAUACACAUGUUCUUGAUGAUUAUUAUGAGAAAAAUUUUCCUGAAUUUGUUCCAUUACGCACGAAGUGUAAAGAAAUAUUAGAAGAAGAAAAAAAUCUUUUUGGUAUUGUUCAAUUAGUGGGAAAAUCAUCAUUAUCUGAAACAGAUCAAAUUACAUUGGAAGUUGCUCGUAUGAUUAAAGAAGAUUUUCUUCAACAAAAUAUGUUUUCAUCUUAUGAUAAAUAUUGUCCAUUUUAUAAGUGUGUAGCUAUGCUACGUAAUAUCAUUGCUUUCUAUGAUUUGUCCCGUCAUGCCGUUGAAACAACAGCUCAAUCGAAAAAGAAAAUAACUUGGAAUGAUAUUCGAACUAAUUUAGGUGAUAUUCUUCAUCAAUUAACUUGGAUGAAGUUUAAGGAUCCAACGAAGGAUACUGAAGAAAAGAUCAAAUAUGAUGUUGAAGAGUUAAAUGAACGAAUGCAAGCAGCUUUUAGUGCUAUGGAAGAAAGAUAA